UUGCGGCCACACUCGCCGUCACCGGAGGUUGCGCAACGGAUAACCCGCCGGGCCGCCCCUUAAACCCAUGCCGCUCCUCGCCGCCGCCGCCUCGGCGGUCGCGCCGCCUCCAUCCCUACGAGUGGGUCCCCUCAUAUCCCUCCGCACUCCCAGGACCGGAGCCCUAGCCCUGACUGUCGCCCGCUGCGCUCCCUCCCCUUCGGCCCCGGCAGCCGCGGAGGCGCCUGCGCCGCCGCAGGAGGCCAAGCCGAAGCCGCGGCGGUACCCGAGGCAGUACCCCGGCGAGGCGGUGGGCGUCGCCGAGGAGAUGCGGUUCGUCGCGAUGCGGCUCCGCAACCCCAAGCGCACCACCAUCAAGGACGAGCCGCGGGCGGAGACGGAGGCCUCGGAUGCGUCGGAGGACGACGACGACGAUGACGAUGGCGGCGUGAAGGAGGAGCACGAGAAGGAGGAGGAGGGCGAGCUCCAGGAAGGGGAGUGGAUGCCGAGCAUGGAGGGGUUCGUGCGGUACCUGGUGGACAGCAAGCUUGUCUUCGACACCAUCGAGCGGGUCGUCGCCGAGUCCACCGAUGUCGCCUAUGUUUACUUCAGGAAAAGUGGUUUGGAGCGUUCAGCCCGCAUUUCAAAAGAUUUGGAGUGGUUCAACGAACAAGGGAUUGCAAUUCCAGAGCCGAGUACUUUAGGAACAACUUAUGCAACUUAUCUGACUGAACUGGCUGAGAGCAACGCCCCUGGAUUCCUCUCACAUUAUUACAAUAUCUAUUUUGCACAUAUAACUGGAGGUGUGGCAGUAGGCAAAAAGAUCAGCAAGAAAAUUCUGGACGGAAGGGUGUUGGAGUUUUACAAAUGGGACACUGAUGCUGAGCUUCUGCUGAAAGAUGCUAGGGAUAAGCUUAAUGAACUUAGCAAGCACUGGACUCGGAAGGAUAGAAACUUGUGCUUAAAAGAAGCUGCUAAAUGCUUCCAGUACCUGGGAAAGAUGGUCCGGUUAAUCAUCUCAUGAGCCAUUAUGGCUGGUAGACAAGCCUAGUUAAUCUAAUCUCACUGCAUGCAUUAGCAGAUGUAUUCUAGAAGUCUGGAAAAGCUAGAGAUCUUAGUAUCAGUGGAGGCUUAUAUAGCGCACUUCUGAGAAGGCAUGCAAGGCAACAUCCUUACCAGCUAAAUAACAUGUCAGAAGUCUGAAGGGUCCUUUGGUGCUAGAGAUGGAAGCUGGUCAGUGAGCACUACAUGAUGGACGUCCAAAAUCCAAAUGGCAGGCCACCCCGGUUUCUUUUUUUGGCGUGCAUAUAUGGUAGAGUUGCUCGUUUGACCAGUGAGACGCCCUUCCUGCAGCACGCCAGCACCAAAGGUAGUGCAAAGUUGAAAAGGAUUUUCCGUUGUGCGUUGUCAGGGUUGCCUGGGGGCCUGGGCAGGCAGUAUGUUGGAUCAUGCCAUCCACGCAGAGAUGAUGCAUGCCUGAAGAUUAACAUGAGGUCAUGACUCAUGAGCAAAUGGACUGUCAUGCAUCUCAGCUCCCCGGAUGUUGCGCCUGGAUUACCGUGGCUUCUUAAACUGCUAACACGGAUUCAUCAGGGUGGAAUGUAUAGCUGUAAGCGACAUCCUUGUGUGUCAGCUGUCAAAAUGUGGACUGAAAGAUUUAUCGUUGAGAUAUGUGCACUGUGAUAUGCCAAAGUUCAAAACGAUUUCCCUUUUUUUCUU